AUGGAUUAUAUGCCAUUCAACGAGAUUUUCAGUAAGGAUAUCGUCGAAGAAAGCAGUGUUUUCGAUUCCAUGAACGACUGUCAAGAUUUUGAUUAUGGUGGUGAUAAUGCAACCGCAGUUAAUAAUGAAACAAUUGAAGAUCAAGCUAACUAUUCAAUGAGGAAUGAAGAUGGAUGCAACGAUCGUAACGAAACAGUAAGUGAGCAUAACGAUGGAGUUUUCGUAGAUUUUGUCGAUAUUGACGUUGCAUCGUUGAGCAAUGAAGCGGAAGAUUAUCAAUCUGAUGCUAUGGGGGAAACGAACGAUGGGUCGAAAUUUUGGUUUCCCAAUGUAGACGCAGAAUAUAAGCCGAUAGUGGGUGAUGAAUUUGAGACCGUAGAAUCGGUUGAAAGAAUGUACUGUAAGUAUGCUAAUGAAGUUGGGUUUGAUGUACGUUUAUCCAACAAAAAGAUAAAUAAGAAGGGCCGUAUCACGUCUCGAUUUUAUGUGUGUAGCAAGGAAGGAAGGCCACCAAGUAAGUAUUUUGAUUCCUUAGAUAUUCUUCCUGGUGAUCGCAUGAUCCGUAAUUCAAAUGUAAAGCGUUCCGGUUGUGGAGCAUGUUUGAAGAUUCAUUUUGUUAAAGAACGGAGGCAGUAUGAAGUUUAUAAAUUUAUUGAGCAACACAAUCACAUGCUUUUUAAUAAGGAGGAGAUGAGGUUCUCACGUUCUAAAAAGCAACUACACUACGCUGAUCACAAAAAUGUAUUUCACGGUUCUAGUUCGAAGGUUGGUAUCACAAAAUCUCAUAGAUUUAGGAAAGCAAUUACGGGUGGUGUAGAUUGCUCGGGUGGCACCGUAAGGGAUCAUCAAAACUUCAAACGCGAUAUGGCUUAUUUUGUUGGCAAUAAAGACGCACAAAUGUUAUUAAAUGUGAUGUCUAAUAGGAGGAAGGUGUGUCCCGAGUUUUUUUUCGAGUACAAGUGUGAUGAUAAGGAGUUGUUAGCGAUUUUCUGGGCUGAUGAAACUGUGCGUUCGAAUUAUAGGGAAUUUGGUGAUGCAAUAUCAUUUGAUGCAACCUUUAGGACGAAUAAGCAUGYCAUGAUAUUUGUUCCGUUUGUUGCAAUUGAUAAUCAUAAGAAAUCUGUCGUUGUUGGAGUUGCUUUGAUUCACAAUGAAUAUGUGGUUGAUUACACUUGGGUAUUGAAAGCGUUUGUAAAAGCUCAUGAACGUCAACCACGUUUUGUGAUCACUGACCAAUGUGCGUCGAUGAAACAAGCAAUUCUCAUUGCAUUUCCUGAAUCCAAGCAUCGAUUGUGUAUGUGGCAUAUCACUAAAAAGCUCAAAUCUAAGAUCAAUAAUUACCUCCAACAUCGUACGCCGUUUGUUAGCGAAUUUAAUAAGUUAGUGUGGAAUGUUCACCUUGCCCCUGAUGAAUUUGAGAUGAAAUGGCUCAACMUGAUGGAUUCAUAUGGAUUACGUGGAGACUCAUGGUUUGAUGAACUAUAUCAGAUUAGGGAGUCAUGGAUUCCGGCUUAUUAUAAGGAUUAUCAUAUGUCCGGUUUAAUGAAAACAACAUCGAGGUCGGAGAGUAUUAAUGCUUUUUUUAAUGUGUAUGCAUAUUUUUGGCACGAUCUUGUCAUUUUUCUUCGUUCUUUUGAUAAUGCAAUUGAAAGCCAACGGACAACACAUGGUUCGCUAGAGGUGACAACGAAGAGCACGGUUCCUCGAUUGGUGUCUCCUUGCAAAUUAGAAGCUCAUGCAGCAGAAGUAUAUACAUGA